UAAUAAUUAAUGUUUGUUCAACAAAACAACCAGCGCUGAAUAUUACCCGCCGAGAUAAGCAGAGAGACAGACGGGGCAUUGUUUUUCCUUGUCGCAAGGCCGCAAUAGGAAAUAGAAUCACCUUACUAGCACUAUUCUAGCAUAGUGUUUGUACUGACGGAUACAAAGCGAAACAAGUGCCUAGACCAAAGUUACAGAAGAGGGUCCAAAGUGUUGAGAACUGACUUCUACCAGCAGCCAUGGCUACCAAAUCAACGUCAGCAGCGACUAAACCCACCACAAAGGUGCCUGUCGUCCUCGUGACGGCUGGCAGCGCCGGUCUGGGAGCGGCGGGAGCCCGUCUCUUCGCGGCCCACGGAUACCGCGUCAUCGUCAACUACAACUCCAACACGGCGCGAGCCGAGGAGCUGCUGGCCGAGCUGCAUACCAUUUCGGGCGGCGCCACUACCACCAACACCACCACGACGGCCGACUCAAACGACAACAACAACACCAGCAGUGGUAGCAUUACGCACAAGCUUAUCAAGGCCGACAUGGGGGACAAGGCGCAGAUCCAGGCCCUGGUAGCCGAGACUGUAGCUUUCGCUGGUGGUAUCGACGUCAUUUUUAGCAACCAGGGGUACACGCACAUACGCGGCUGGGACUCGCUUGACGACAACGUCUUUGAGGACGACUGGGAUCGUUGUUUCAACGUCAACGUCAAGAGUCACCUGUGGCUGCUACACGCCGCUAGGCCGUACCUCGAUGAGGCCGAGGGCUGCAUGGUUGUGACAUCUUCGCUUGCCGGGGUCAAGCCGGGAGGAAGUAGCUUGGCAUACUCCGUCACUAAAGCCGCGUUGAACCACCUGGUCAAGGGUCUGGCUGUUCUGGCAGCACCAAAGAUUCGGGUUAAUGCGGUGUGUCCUGGGUUGAUGCUGACGGACUGGGGCUUGAAUUUCUCUAAAGAGGUACAAGAAUCCAACAUUGCUCGCAGCAAACUCAAGCGCGUUGUAACCCCAGAGGAGACGGCUGAGCAAGUUCUUUGCUUUGCAAGGAGCAAAGGGGUUACUGGUGUGAAUGCCGUCAUUGAUGCCGGGUGGUCCCUGUAAAAUACAAAAAAAAAAAGGUGGUGUGCAGGUGGCGCGCUUACGGACAGAUUUCGUGACGGGGGCAACCAGUUCAUGAUGUUCUAGUAAAAAGAACUUUUUACUCCGUAGUAGAGUUUUACCAGAUCUUUACAGGUCAGAUGGGAAUAAGCGCUACACUAGUUGGUUGGUCUCAAAGUCUAUACACGCGAUCCUACUGCCUGAGUAGGUUAUCUAGGAAUAUGCAGC